GACGAGUACUAACCUAUGGAAAACAUCAUCGUUGUUGCUAUAGUUACCAGCCUAACGGCAGAUGGUAAAAUAGGGCAACUGAAAUGAAGUAGUUUUAUAUUGAUCACUAUAUAUGCCAUCUUUAAUCCUUGUGUAUUUAUCUCUCACAUCCCAAAAGAAGCUCCAAUAGAGAUCUUUUCUCUGAGAAAUUGAGGAGGAUCAAUCAAAUCACAGUUUAGCUUUGCUAGUCAUUUGCUGAGUUGCCAUUUACCCGUACAAGGUUUUUGAAUUUACUUCGCACAUGUUAGGCUUUUGAAUCUCUAUUAAACUCAAAAUAAUGGGAGACAGUGGCAACUCUCUGGCCUCAGGGCCAGAUGGGAAGAAGAGAAGAGUCACAUAUUUCUAUGACGCAGACAUAGGCAACUAUUACUAUGGUCAAGGCCACCCAAUGAAGCCACAUAGAAUAAGAAUGGCCCAUAACCUGAUUGUUCACUACGGUCUACACCAGAAAAUGGAAGUCUGCAGGCCUUGCCUUGCAGGAAACAGUGAUAUGCAAGCAUUUCACUCAGCAGAUUAUGUAAACUUUUUAGAGGGAGUAACACCAAAUAACCAGAUACAACAAGAGUAUGCCCGGCAAUUUAAGAGUUUUAGUGUGGGGGAGGAUUGUCCUGUGUUUGAUGGUCUGUUCAAGUUCUGUCAGGCUUCUGCAGGGGGCUCGAUUGGGGCAGCAGUUAAGCUAAACAGGAAGGAUGCAGAUAUUGCUAUCAAUUGGGCCGGGGGCCUUCACCAUGCCAAGAAAUGUGAGGCUUCAGGUUUCUGCUAUGUCAAUGAUAUUGUCCUUGGAAUUCUGGAACUGCUCAAGGUUCACCAGCGUGUGCUUUAUGUUGAUAUUGAUGUUCAUCAUGGGGAUGGUGUUGAGGAGGCCUUCUACACUACAGACCGAGUGAUGACUGUAUCUUUUCACAAAUUUGGGGAUUAUUUUCCAGGAACAGGCCACAUUAAGGAUGUGGGACAUGGGAAAGGGAAAUACUAUGCCUUGAAUGUUCCUUUGAAUAAUGGAAUUGAUGAUGAGAGCUACAAGAAUCUAUUCAGGCCAAUCAUUCAGAAGGUGAUGGAAGUAUAUCAACCACAUGUAGUUGUGCUACAAUGUGGAGCAGACUCUCUCUCAGGGGACAGGUUAGGGGUCUUCAAUUUAUCAGUUAGAGGACAUGCUGAUUGUGUCCACUUUCUUCGUUCAUUCAAUGUACCGCUUAUGCUGGUUGGUGGCGGUGGUUACACUAUUCGUAAUGUUGCACGUUGCUGGUGCUAUGAGACAGCUGUUGCUGUAGGUGUGGAGCCUGACAAUAAGUUGCCUUAUAACGAAUACUAUGAAUAUUUCGGGCCGGACUAUAACCUUUAUGUAGCUCCAGCUAACAUGCCAAAUGAGAACAAUGCAAAUGAUUUGGAGAAAAUGAGAAAUGCAUUGCUAGAACAGCUGAGCAAACUACAACACACUCCCAGUGUACCAUUUCAGGAAAGGCCUCCGGAUACAGAAUUUCCUGAAGAGGAAGAAGAGGAGAUGGAACGGCAAUCAAAUUGUCGUAUCUGGGAUGGGGAAUAUAUUGGUUCAGAAUCUGAGGAAGACCAUAAGGCCCAAAGUUGUGAUGUAGAUGGCUGCGAGAGAUCUGUUCUCAAGCAGGAAAACAAAAGGUUAGCGCCUAUUUCUAGUGUCGAGCCCAUGAAAAAAAUAAAAGAAGAAGAUGGUGCACCUACUGAGAAAAAGAGUGGAAAUGAGUCGGACAUGGAUAUGAAUUAAAGCUGGAUGAGCACAUUGACACAGAGAAGAGGCCUGAUUACAUUCAACUGGUAUUGGAUGUAUGGAUAUGCACAAAAAGGAAAACUCAUUCCAUUAAUGUGGUCGCACAUCUUCAAGAACAAACUUAUUUUGUGGCAUAUUUUUGUUUUUAAAAUAUCAUUUCUAUGAGAUGAAUUUUCUUUUCGAGCAGUGCAAGCUACAUGUACAGAACGAGUCUCAUGAAAGAGCUUAUUUUUACCACUUCACAUGCUGGAAGUGGGAGAACGAGUCACAUGAAAGAGCUUAUUUUUACCACUUCACAUGGUGGAAGUCGGAAUUGUAUUUUACUAAAUUAGGUACAAUUGUAAAAACUGAAUGCAGAUGAUGGUAAAUCUAAAUUAAUUAGUUCUGGCAA